AUGCCUCAGCGCUCACAACAACAGGGUCAACAAGGUCAACCCGCUGCGCACGGCGUCUCUUCACCACUCUCCGAAAACUCCAUUACCUCUCCUUCACAGCAAAAGCCAGGUAGCGCUAGCCCUCGCAGGCGCAAGAGUCUCGAACUCCCAGACCUCAACAAGCUCAGCUUUACCCCAGCUUCCCCUCAACCCACAACAGCCACUCAGACCGCAAACGCCAGCGCAUCAAACGCUCCAGCCAACUCGUCCCUCCCAUCCAACAGCGCAUCAGGUGGUUCGACCUCGUCGCCAGGUGCAUCUGCAUCGCCUCACCAGCAGCAGGGUAGCGCUGGUCCUGCCGUCGACAGCGGCAACCUCAUGCCACCGUCUAGCGGCUCUGUCAUCCCGGGCGUGACCGUUGUCCCCGUCAACGACUCGAGCACGCACGUCCCUUCCCGGCCCAUCCCUAUUCGCUCACCUCGCGCCAUUGCUGCAGAGCUCCCACAUGACCGCGCGCACCGUCCACGGCCGCAGGUCAACCUUGUCGACUCGCCGCACCGCACCGGCCUCACCCCUCCUCCCCCGACGGCGGCCGCGACCCCGGCCCCACCCGUAUCUGCGGCUGGGACAGACGACGCCAAGGCCAAGCGCGACGGGCUCGUCGACGUGCCGAUUCAGUGGAAUGGCGGUGGCAGGAACGUCUACGUGACUGGCAACUUUGCCGACAACUGGCGUGGGCGCGUCAAAUUGAAGAAGAGCACGCACGACUUUAACACGGUCCUCCGCCUCGCACCAGGACAGUACCGCCUAAAGUUUAUUGUCGACGACUCGUGGCGAUGCUCCAAGGCCAUCCCAGCUGCCACCGAUGACGACGGCACGCUCGUCAACUGGAUCGAGGUCGACGCGCCAAAGACCGAGGAGGAGCUGGCAGCCGAGUGGGCCAUGGACGCCAAGCCCGCGACCAAGGCGGAGGACGUUGACCCGCACCAGUGGACGAGCGAGCUUCCAACCGCCCUCGUGCUGUACCAGUACCUUGAGGAGCUGCCGCAGAUGUACUCAAACGAUGUGCUGCGGCAGUUUGUCAGCACGGCGCCGUACUUUGCGCCCGUGCCCAAGCCCCCUCAACUGCCCCGUAUUUUAGAGAAGGUUAUCCUCAACUCUGAACCCCGGCGUCCACUCGAGCCGGUCCCGGCCAACGCAAGCGGCCCCCAGGCAGAGGCCGUCGAUGACAACGCCAUCCUCCCCACCCCAUCCCACGUCGUUCUCAACCACCUCAUGGCGUCAGCCCAGAAGAACGGCACGCUCGGUGUCGCCACGACCUCGCGCUACCACAAGAAGUAUGUCUCCACUCUACUGUUCAAGUCGAGCUCGCCGCCGUCGGACGACAAACAGUCCCUCCCGUCUCCUCAAGAGCGUGCCGCUGCAUUGGCUGCCGCAGCGAAUGCUGCGUCGUCAUAA